AUGCCAGGCCUCAGAGUCGCUUUCACGGGUGGCUCAGGCAAAGUAGGUCGGCAUGUGAUCAAAGAGCUCCUUCGGUAUGGCCACCAAGUCAUCAACCUUGAUCUCGUCGACCUUGCAUCUUCGUCCAAGGACUUCCCCGAGCUGCAGGAUGUUCACACCACAAAAUGCGACCUCACCGACAGCGGCCAGGUAUUUAGCAGCCUCGUCACGCACAUGAAAUUGGGCGAGCCGUUCCCCGCAGAAGCACCUCGACCUCCUGACGCGGUAAUCCACUUUGCUGGGAUCAAUAAGCCGAUGAUUGUCUCUGACGGGGAGACAUUUCGGAUAAAUACUAUGGGCACCCACAAUGUGGUCGAAGCGGCUUGUAAGCUGGGAAUCAAGAAGAUCAUCAUUGCGAGCAGUAUCGCCGUCUAUGGCGUGUCAUUUGGUCAAGGUAAUUUGGAGUAUGCUUCAUUUCCCGUCACAGAGGAUGCGGACUGCAAUCCAACGGACCCCUAUGCGCUGUCGAAAUUGUGCGGCGAACGGAUUGCGAGGGGCUACGCUACGAAAUUUGGCACGGAUAUCUACUGCCUGAGAAUAGGGAGGGUGUUUGAACCGGAUGGAUACGAUAGCGAUAUGUUCGAGGGCUACGUCCAGGAGCCGGAGAAGUGGUUUCAACAUGGCUGGUCCUACACCGAUGCGAGAGACCUGGGCCAAAUGUGCCACCGCGGGCUUGUGACAUCCGGUCUCGGCUUUCAAAUCUUCAACGCCGUCAACGACACCAUCACCAACUUCACCGACGAUGCAGGCCGACUCCUGAGGCGUUGGUAUCCGCACGUUCCGCAUACGAGAGUGGUGGCUGGGAAAGAAGCCCCCAUUACCAACGAGAAGCUUCGGCGACUGUUGGGCUUUGAAGAGGAACAUGAUUGGAGAGGGUAG